AUUGCUUAAACGCGCUUAUUACUGAAAACAGCGGUUGUUUGACUCCAAUUUAUCCUAUCGAUGAGUGAUAGCGUUUACUUCAGCGAAAGGACAAAAACCUAUGAUAUCCCUAUAUCACAUUUAGACUUUAAAUACUUGGAUUCUUGCAAUGAUCCCGUUGAGUUGGAGAAAAUAUUGAAAACCCUGAGAUCUGGUGAAGUCGGGCGUUAUGCAGAACUUGAAUCAUUUUGCGAAGAAAAGGUCACCAGGUUAAACCCAAACAGGUCGGUGUAGCUGAUGCAUGUAAAUUUUCAAGUCAUAUUGCCUAAAAUAUUCCACAAACGUUAUAUGUCGCUCAACUCCUUAAUAUUCUUUUUUAUUUUCCGAAGCAUUCAUCUACUGAAGACUCAUAAUUUACACAAGUUUUCAAUUCUAUGUGAUUUAAAAACUAAAAAGUGUGUUGCUGGCUUUCAAUGCCUAUUUUAUUAUUAUCAUUAUGUCAUCUCAGAGUAUCAGAUGUUUGCCACCAAAGUAUUAUUUCACUUAUUUUACAGUUCCAUUAAAGGAUGUGUGAACAAGUCUAGUGAAUCCAGUGACUUUAAUGAAAGUUGAGUCCAAUGUAUUCGAAAAUUUACGUGGUGACAAAUAGCUCGAUAUCAGAUCUACUCACAGACUACCUACUAUCUAGAAAAUGUAUUUAUAUACUUGUUUCGAUACUACGAGAUCACCAACGAAUACAUCUUAUUACAGUCAUAAAUUGUCUUCUGAUAUUCAGCCUACCGGGGAUAUAACCUAGCAACUGGCACGUAGUUUCCUGUAGUCGUGAUCAUGGUCAACUGUGACAAGACGCCUAGUAAAGUACGGUGCCAGAAACUAGCAUUUGGCUAAUUCUCACUGAUUCACAUUGCUUUUGUACUUUAAGGUCACAACCUGAAACUCAAAUAUGUCCCACAAACUUUUGGAAUGGUCAAUAUUUCAAGCAUACACAACAACCGUCACUAUAUCUAUGAAGUGUACAGGAUGAAUUAAGGUGAAAAGUAGUGUAGACCUUAUCGUGGCAGAUAAACCAUUGAUUACAGCAUGGUAGAUGCAAGUUAACUCAAUGCUGAUUCUUUAUCAACUUUUUCAUUUAUAAUCAAGGGCUGUAAGAAUAGUAUAUGUUCCUGAAAAUGGAUACCUUUUUAUUGUAUGGUAUCAUAAACAAUGUAUUAUGGAAUCCGUUUUCGAAAUAUAAUGUUCAUAAUCUUCCACCGUGAUAAUCAAUCAGGCCACAAAAGCUAAGGAGUCCAUAUUUCAGAAAUCAAAUUCAAGUUCAAAAAUAAGUCACUUGGUCUUUUUUUCGCGAGAAUAUAACGGAAGUGACCACAACUGGGACCAUGCAACAACAAACAUACAACAGUAGCUAGCUUUCUGAGGUCUAUGAGUUUGUUUAACUGUACUGAAACAUCUUCGGGCUCUAUAUAUGAUCAGUUUUCUGACUUGUGUUUGUUUUUUAUUUAUCUUAGCACUUUUUUGUUCUACGUUGUGAAAAGUCGUACUCGGAUAAAGAGUUGAAUAGUGUGCUUUAGUCACUUGACGUCAUUAAGUUGCAAAAGAUUCAUAUUUGUUCAACAAAGCCUACAUAACUGUUUUGUUAAAAUAUAAGUGAAUUUUUGUUUUUGAGUUACAGCAUACCCAAAUGGCGAUUUGGUAGUUGAAGUGAGAGUACUCAGGCACUCGCAGUUUUUAAUCCUGUUAUUAUAGUUUGCAAAUAUAUAUUAUUUGUCUAACAAGAACCUAUCCAUCAAUUUUGUCAUGCAAACAUACAACGAAUAUAGAUAUGUCUGUGUCAUAAGUUGAUGUUUUGAAUAUACCAUUUUUCAGUGUGUAAAUGUAAUUACAACUGGGCAACUACAUGAAGAAUGUUAAUUAGAAUAUUUUACAAGCUUCGCAUGGUAAAUAUUUAGGACUAAUUUUUCAACUAACAAAAGAUAUACAUAAUGAUAAAAAACAUUUUACAUUUUAGCAGUGCUAUCAGAUGAUAUAUUAAUCUAUUAACCUUUGUUUGUAGAACUUUUUUUGCUAAAAUGGUCUUCAUUUCCUGACACACUAGUAUAUGAUAUAUUUGAUAAAACCCGCAGAAGUAUGAAUUUUCAUUUUAAUCGGGUCCUUCGGAAAGCGGUAGAACCAAUAAAAAUCACACAGUUGGAUAAAGAAGAAAGGCAUCAAAUUGAAGAAGACUUUCAGAGUUGGCUUAAUGAAGUAAAAACAUUCAGUGAAGAAGUUGACGGUGAUAAGAAUUCAGAAAAUGAUUAUCACUUGUUGGAAAGAUCAAAAAAGAAGUUACUAUCAGGAAAGCAAUUAGAAAUGAAUGAUGAAGAAUUAGAAGAAAAGUGUUUGAAAUAUGAUGAUGAAGAUUUACCACCUAUUCGAAAAUCCAUUAUUUUCGGUAGUAAUCAACAAUCAGCAACACGAUUGAAUUCAAAAGGGGAUUAUACAUUUGGUAACAGAGUUGUGAAGCCAAAAGACUAUAGUGAGUGGGAUAAGUUAGCGAAAGAAUGGGAUAAAGAACUGGCUGAAGAAAAUCAAACAAAUAGUAAACCUGAAAAAGGCGAAAAAAUGAUACUAUCGGAAAUUGAAACAAAUGGAUUAAAGAAACUUGAUUAUAAAGAAUUGAAAUUAAGAGUAGUUAAUAUACCAAUUCAAACAAGAAAAAAAUUGGCUGAACGAGAAAAGGAAAAAGGGAAUGAAUCCUUUAAAUCAGGUGACUAUGCUGAUGCAAUGAACUAUUAUAAACGAAGUCUUAUUAUGCAUAAAACCAAUGCUGUUUACAAUAAUCGUGCUUUAAUAUAUUUACGACAGAAACUUUGGAAACAAGCUGUGAAUGAUUGUACAAAAGUUUUAAAAACUGAACCAGAUAAUUUAAAAGCAUUAUUUAGACGAAGUCAAGCGAAUUUCGAAUUAGACAAUUUAGAACAAGCUGAAAAAGACUUAAAUAGACUUACCGAUCAAGAUCCAACUAAUUUUAAAGCUCAAAAUUUAUUACGUAAUGUGAAAAUUGCAAUAUCAAAACGUCAGGAACCCCAUUUGAAAGGAUCUAGACGUAUGAUCAUAACUGAUGUCGGUGAUUCUUCGGAUGAUGAUGAUGAGAGCGAUGAAAGUGUCGAGGAAAAUGAGCAUCAACAGCAAGAACAACAACACAUACAAGAACAAGAAACUGUAACAGUGAAUAUUAAUAAUAUGGAGCUUUCAAGAAAUCAUCCAAAUCUAAUUGAACACCAUAAUAAUGAUAUUGAUUCUGAAAAACAUUUUGAUAUUGAUAUUAGCAAAAAUGAUAAGAUUCAAUUAACUGACAAGUCUAUUUCUGAUAUUAGUAAACAAGAAUGUAACUUGAAUGAUUGUUAUAGCUCCAAAGUUGAUGCAGAUAAUAAUGAAGAUAUAAUAACUACAUUUGGCAAUGAAGCUCUGCAUUGUCAAUCUGAAGUCAAUGAACAUUUAGAAAAUGAUGAAGUGUCCAUUAGUACAUAUUCCAUCGCUGAUUAUGAAGAGUUAAAAGAAAAAGGAAAUGAAUCCUUCAAAAAGGGAAAUAUGAAAUUGGCUUUAAUAUAUUUCAAUAGAUGCAUUGAACUUUGUUUAAAGUACAAUCUAAAUGAAGAUAAACGUUUAGCUGUUAUUUAUCGUAAUCGUUCAUUGAUUUAUUUACAAUUGAAUGAAUAUCAACUAGCAUGUAAUGAUUGUACAUCAGCUUUAUCAAUUGAAUCUAAUUGUCCGAUUGCAUUGUAUCGUAGAUCAUUAGCAUUAAAGUUUCUAGGUGACCACUCAGGAUGUUUAAAAGAUCUACAGAAAGCAUAUAGCUUAAGUCCAAAUAAUAAUAGAAUUAUUGAAGAAUUGAAGAAAAUGCAGAAUACUGUGGUACAGACGGAUAAAAUGAACAUUGAUGUCCUAACAAAUAAAUCUCAAACAGUAAUAACUCCUAGUAUAAUCAGUAGUACAUCAGAUCUUGAAAUAAUUGAUUUACCAAAUGUUGACAGUGAAAAAGAAGAUAACAUUCAUGAUGAUAAUGUUAAUGACGACGACGAUAACAAUAGUGAAAUACUAGAAGAGGAAGCAGAAGAAGAAGAGAAUGAUGAGAGUUAUGAUAAACUAUCAUCUAUGCAAUGUAAUAGUAUGAAUCCGUCAUGUCAUAUUUCUACUGAUCCAAAUGAUUUCUCUAAAUUCCAAUCAAAUAGUGCAAAUGUUAUGACUAAAUCAAUUGACAAUGAAUGGGAAGAAGUGAAUGUUAUCAAUAAAGAAGAUACAAAGAUCGCUAGUACAAGUAGCAUAAAUUCGACCAUUGAAAAUAGUUGGAAGUUAGAUAAACCAAUAAUGAAUUCAUAUGAAUUUCAAAAUUAUUGGAUAAAUAUUCAACAUUUAAAACGAUUAAAUUAUAUAAAUGCUAUGAAUGAAAUUGUUAUACUAUUACAUAAUAUAUUACCUGAACAAUUACCGAAAUUAAUUGGAAUUCGAAUGGAAGCUGAGAUGUUAGAUGAUUUAUUGAAUGCAAUCAAUGUGUCAAUGAAUACUGAAAAUAACAACAGUCUGUGGAUUUACGAUAUUUUAAUCCAAUUGAGUAAAACAGCACGAUUUGAUUGCGCCUUAUUCUUAAUAAGUGAUGACACAAAACAAGCUAUAAAAAGUAUAAUCGAUCGAUUACACCAUCGUUAUCAACAACAGUCUAGUGAAUUAAAACAAAGUCAUAUUGAACAACUCCAAUCUAUCUACUAUUCGACAUAAAAGAAGGUAAAAAUAAACAGUAGUAGAUCAAUGGUAGAUGAACAUUUAUUCCAUUGAACAUCUAUUUUAUUUCAACCAAUAUACAAGAAUAUAAUUUAGAGAGUGACAAAUAUCAAUUUAUAUAUAUAUAUAUAUAUAUAACUGUGUGUGUAGUUGAAUGAUCCAAAAUCCCCGAAAAAUAGGCAAUGAUCUUUUCUAAUUUGUUUAAUGUUACAAUGUUACACUGUAAAUAAUGGGUGUUGUCUGCCAUUUUUUUUGUUAUAUCUUGGUGAUCUAUCAUACUAUUCCUAAUACAUAUAAACACAUAUAUAUACGCUUGUUGAAUUAUGUAAUCAAUGGUACAUAUUAUUAGAUGAAUAUAAAUAAAAAAUAAUGAUGAGAAGGGGGGAAUAAAUGAAGGGUUUAAAAAAAACAAAUCAACAAAAUAAUUAUGAAAGACACUAACUAGUACACAUAUACACUAUAUAACAAAUGUGUAUAUGUGCGGAGAAAACAAACAGAUAAACAACAUAAGAUAAAAUUACAAAAAAAAAUAACAAUUUAUACAUACAUACACACAAACAAAUGUGAACGUGUACAUUUAUUCAAUUUUGUGCUGAAAGCAUUACCUACUCAUGUAAUACAAUUGAGAUGUGUUUAAUCACCUCUCUCUCUCUCUCUCUCUCUCUCUAUAUAUAUAUAUAUA